UAUGGACGACGUUGAAGACAACCAAGACGAUGUUUUGGGGCUAUCAGAGGAUGAGAACAUUAUGAAGCCCAUGAACGAAAUUGGCGGUGAAACAUCAACGGGAGAUGGCAUAAUUGUACCCGAGGUGGGAAUGUUGUUCAAAAAUGAACAAGAUAUGUAUGAUUUCUACAAAAAAUAUGCUUACACUGUGGGCUUUCCAGUUAAGAAAAGGAAUUCCAAAAAAGGGGACGAUGGUGUUUUAAGAUAUUUGACAUUGACAUGUAGCCGUGAAGGUGGAAGCAUUGGUAAUAGUAGUGGUUCUUUGAAGCCGCACCCAACAGUGAAGCUGGGUUGUAAAGCCAGAAUAUCUGCAUCUUGUGAUGUUCUAGGAAAUUGGAGAAUUAAUGCAGUAAACCUAGAACACAAUCAUGAUACGAGUCCUUCUAAAUCCCGACUAUAUCGAUGCAACAGACAAUUGAGUGCAGCUAUGAAACGAAAGCUUCAGGUGAAUGAUUUGGCAGGAAUUGCGGUUCACAAAAGUUACAACUCUGCAGUUGUAGAAGCUGGAGGUUAUGAGAACAUGUCUUGUAUUGAAAAGGAUUGCCGAAAUUACGUAGAACGCGUGAGGCGAUUAAAACUUGGAGAAGGAGAUGCUACAGCAAUUCAAUCUUACUUUUCCAAGAUGCAAGCACAAUGCUCGGGAUUUUAUUUUGAUAUUGAUUUGGAUGAGGAGUCGCGGUUGAGAAAUGUGUUUUGGGCAGAUAAUCGGUGUAGGCAAGCGUAUAAGGAGUUUGACGAUGUUGUUUCAUUUGACACCACUUAUCUCACUAAUAAGUACGACAUGCCAUUCGCUCCUUUUGUAGGUGUAAAUCAUCAUGGACAGUCGACACUGUUGGGUUGCGGUUUGGUAUCGAACGAAGACACUAAUACUUUUGUAUGGUUGUUCAAAACAUGGCUUCAAUGCAUGCACGGUCAAGCUCCACAUGGUAUAAUUACUGAUCAGGACAGGGCAAUGCAAAAUGCAAUCGAAAUUGUCUUUCCAAAUACCAAACAUAGAUGGUGUUUGUGGCACAUCUUAAAGAAGUUGCCGGAGAAGUUUGGCUACCACGUGGAUAAGCAUUUGAUAUUUGGGGCUCUACACAGAUUGGUGUAUGAUUCACAGUCCAGUGAUGAAUUCGAAAAUGGUUGGGGAACGAUGAUUGAUAUGUAUGAAUUGCAUGAGAAUGAUUGGCUAUCGGGAUUGUACGAAAACAGAGGCCGUUGGGUUCCCUGUUUCUUGAAAACGACUUUCUGGGCUGGGAUGUCAACUACACAGAGAAGUGAGAGUAUGAAUGCAUUCUUCGAUGGCUAUGUUCAUUCCAAAUCCUCAUUGAAGCAGUUUGUUGAACAGUACGAACGUGCCCUUAGAAGUAAAGUUGAGAAGGAGGUCCAAGCUGAUUUCAAGUCUUUCUCGCAGAUGGUGCCUUGUGCAACACAGUUUGAAAUGGAGCAACAGUUUCAAUCAGUUUAUACCAUUGCAAAAUUUCGUGAAGUUCAAGAAGAGUUCACGGGAAAGGUGUAUUGUGAAGUGUGAUCUACUUUGGAUGGAUGUUCAAGUGCGACCUACGAAGUAAGAGAGAAAGUAAUGUAUGAGGGUUCUAAGAGGAUAAAGACAUUCAUCGUGUCAUUUGCAAGAGAUAAAUGUGAUAUCAUCUGCACCUACCACCUUUUUGAGUUUCGGGGAAUACUUUGUAGACACGCGAUCACAGUGUUGGCGUGGAAUGACGUGACACUUAUUCCAGAGAGGUACAUAUUGUGAAGGUGGAGGAGAGAUGUUCGAAGAGCACACACAAGGGUCGCGGUAAACUAUGAUGGAUUAGUUAGUACUCCUGCGCAAUUGAGGUAUGAAGAGAUGUCUAAGGGUUUCGCGGAGGUGGCAAACCUCACAGCGGAUGAUGAAAUCCGUUCACAUGCAAUGAUGGAGUGGAUACGAUUUCAAUGUAAAGACCUUGCAACUACAAAAUCGAGUACAGGAAGCAAUCUCAUUGACACUCAAUGUCUAGUUUUAUCGAAUACUGCGAGCGUUACCAUAUUGGAUCCGAAGUUCAGUCGAAGAAAGGGAGCGCCGAGGAAACUUAGAAGAAAAGGCCCAUUGGAGAGUGCGUCGAAGAAAUCGAAGAAACAUGCCGAUUCGACAUCAACCCAUCAUGACAGACCGAUUAAAAGCCAAAGUCAUAUGGUUGAUGGACAAAUCAACAUCCAAGCACCGCUCCAUCAACAAAAUUCGAUGUUGCCCCCAAUGCUGUUCUCCCUUUCACAGUUUUCCAUCCCCACGCCAUUCUCCCUCCCCCAACAUGUCUCGCAAAGUACAAAUUUGAUCCACUCCCAAAGUCCAAAUUUUAUGUAUACAU